CGCUUCCGGUGUAUACGUCGUCGUCUGACCGCUGACGGCGCCGUUCAAUUUUUCUCCGGUACUUGAGGUACUUCCCGGGCGGCAUUGGUCGAGUUUUACGAGCAUUUCGCGAUACACUUCUUUUCGUUGGCGUUCUCGACGUCGGAGCCACCGCUGUUGCAUUUCCCGCCGCGUUCCUCCGAUCGCGUCCCCGGAAGUCGAUUCGUCGUCGUCGUCGUCGUCGCGACGUCAAUUACUCCGACGUGCGUCGUCGCUUAUUGAAGCGUAGGAAAAUGGCGACCGCCGUGCCAUCGCGAUUCGCCGUUCUCAGCAUCGAGGACGACGAUUACAAGCCGAAGAAGCCGCAGAAGAGCGCGACGACGGCCAAGACCAACGCCAAAAGCAAGGGCGACAAGUCGAAGCAGCAGCAGCCGCCGCAACAACAGCAGCCGAAUAAGAAAAAGCAGAACAAAGGAAAAAAGAAGAAAACGAAUAACGAUGACCAGCAGUGGGAGCAGUGGAAGCAAAAGGACACUAUGGCUGUCGAGGAAACGUACGAGCAAGAAUUACAUCAAGCUAUUCUGUUGUCAAAAUUGGCAUACGAGGAACAAUUAGUUAGCGUAGCGAAAAAUGAAAAGGAACAGGAACAGAAUAAGAAAUCCGGCAAGAAGUCGAAAAAGGCAACUAUGUCAUUGGAAGAGUUUAACAGUAUGGGAAUGAAUACAACUACAGUAGCUCCAUUAACAAAUGAACCCACAGACAAAUCGAAAGAAAUAGAUCCGGAAUUCUUUGAGAGGAUAGAGAAGGAGACGAAAGAGGAAAUAACAAAAGGAAAAGAAAAGGACUUGUUAAAAGUCAGAGCAAAUAAAAUCGACGAUGAUAUAACGGCCGCGCAGUUAAGAGUAGAGAUUGAGAACCGUGAUGAAAUAAUUAGUCAGUUGAAGAAUGAGGUGCAUACGCUGAAAGAAGAGUUAACGCAAGUCAAGGAGAGAAAUAAAAAGCUUUAUCAGAUAUUAUCGCAUGGCGAGAUGAAGGAUAAAGCGUCGGUAUUAGCCGAGGUCGCGAAAUUACAAGAAAUACGGGAUGAAUUAACGUCCGAGGUAGCUUCUUUACACGCUCAACUGGAGCAGGAAAGAUCUAAAACACGUACAUCAAGUGUAGAUGUAAAAACAUCUAAACAAACUAACAAGAAGAGGCCGGCCAGUGAAAAUGCCUAAUUUGUUUUUCACGAAAGUAUACCAUUGUGAUCAAUUAAUUUUAAUUAUACGUAUUGAUUAAGUAGCCACACACGAAAAGAAGAAACAUAUUUGUAAAGCGAAUUUUUUAAAAUUCUUAUUGCAUAUAUAAUGUAUGUUGUAUUUGCUGGUUAAGGAUAAGUUUAAGAUACACCAGAAGUUAAGAUAUAGCUCGAUCGUUCCGCGAAAGUAUAUCUUGAAAAUAGCAUUGCAGCCUACGUUGACAGCUUUUUAUUUUUUAUUUUUUUUUUAUUUUUUUGGUUUCUUGUAAAAGUGUAAAGCAUGUCUUACAUUUCACAUUUCUCAAUAAGUUUGAUGAGUUUUUUCAGAAGUUUUGAAAAUAUUAAAGGAAACUUUUGGAAAAUAA